CUUUGGUACCCUAGCCGGGGAUGCUCGCUUCCUCCCGUUAAACGCGAUGUUCUAAAUGGGCCGCACAGGAUGUGAAGCCUCACCAGAAGAAGCAGGAGGAUGGCUAAACCAGGCUUGUCUGCGGCGGUGCUGCUGCUCCUGCUGGGCUUCCUCUCAGCGUCCUCCGUUAAUGCCGACACCCUGCUGUCAGCUCCGCUCAAUGUGACCAUCAGAGAAAUCGAGGUUAACUCCGCUGUGGUUACGUGGGAAAUCUUGGAGGGAGACCCAGUCAUUGGCUUCGCCAUCACCCAACAGAAGAAGGAUGUACGCAUGCUGAGGUUCAUCCAGGAAGUGAACACCACCACACGCUCCUGUGCGUUGUGGGAUCUGGAUGAGGACACCGAGUACAUCGUCCACGUUCAGAGCAUUAGCAUGGGAGGCAGCAGCCCUCCCAGUCAGCCUGUGCUAUUCAGAACGUCAAAGGAGUCCGAGAAGAUGGCUUCCAAGAGCCCCGACGAGGUAACGAUGGAGGAGGUCGGUGAUGCUGCCCAGCUGAGGGCAGGAGAACUCAUCAUCAUUGUAGUGGUGCUCGUCAUGUGGGCAGGGGUGAUCGCCCUGUUUUGUCGUCAGUACGACAUCAUCAAAGACAACGAGCCCAACAACAACAAGGACAAAGCCAAGAACUCCUCAGAGUGCAGUACUCCUGAGCACCCACAGGGGGGGUUACUGCGCAGCAAUGUCUAAGACCAGCCCUGCAUCGCCUUCUGCAAUAACCAACUACUUAAACCUCAGGACAGAUCCUGAGACCAACAGAAAGCCAUUCUCAGAAAACAUACUGAAGAACAGAUAAUCCAUUACAGAAACUCUUCUUGACACAAUGGAGAACUCUACAGCUACAACAGGCACAAACCUGAACUUGCAAAAUGAAAGGCUGCAAAACAGUGAAACAGGAAACACCAGAUGAUAAAACUGGACACAAGAUAUAAAAAUGGCCAUCGGACAAUUUCUUCUCAACGAGGACUGCUUAACUCGUAUGUUCCGGUUACUCGUCAUCGGUGGCGUCGGAUCUGGCGAGCAGAUCGUUAAACGUGAAUGUCAGCUUCAGGUUUGUAUCGUCGGUCAGAGGUGGCAGAAGUGCAGACUGCCACGCACGAAUAGCUGGUCCAGGUACCAGUCAGCACACAACAAAACAAGCUAAAGACUUUCUCUUUUUCUAUGUCUGUCCAUCUGCAUUACCUCCUUCCUGUCUUUGUUACAGCCCUCUGUGUAGCAGCUCCUCUCUCUCCCUGUCUUUCUGUGUCUGUGUCUCAGUGAUAAGCACAUUGCUGUUUGGUGCUUCUCCUGUUGUGAGUGUUCGAGCCUUUACAAUCCCGGUCUUGACUAUGGAAUGAUUAUAUUGUUGGGUCAGAUGAAUUGCACACUGCACAUUGAUUUUUUUAAGGUUAGGGUUUUUCUCCUUUCUUAAAGGGAAUCUUAACUUCAACUUGUCAAUUCGGGGAUAAAAGAUGACUUUUUUUUAUUAUAGCUCGCUGUUUUGCUGAUAUGAGUUGGGUGAAUACAGCAGUAGCCAAGGAUGCAGGAUACACCUUGAACAGAUCAUACGAUCACCAUAAAGCAAAAAUCCAUGCAUGUGUACAAUUACAGCCAAUUUGUUAGUAGUUAACGUACCAUGAUUGUCCGUGCACCAGGGGAAGAAAAAUAAUGGCAUAGCUGGAAAGGAACUGAUUUCUGCUCAUUAAUGCAUAUUCAGCACCAUAUGUCAUCUGUGGUCUGCAGCAGGAUGUGCAGGGAAUUUGGAUGAAGAUAAUGUAGGGCAUCAUUCCUAAUGAAAUGUAUACAGAGGGCAAAAUGUUUGCCAGACUUUCUUGAAGACCAGCGGGAAAGCCAAGAAGUAGAAACUCAGAGACGACGCACUUGGCCAAGCGGCUGAUGCUUCUUUGUCCAUUUUCUGUCUGACCUGCUUUCAUGCCUGGCGGCAGCUAUGGGUUGGAAUGGGUUCAGCUUAGCCAAACAGGUGUUUUGUCCAGGAAUUCUUUUAUAUUCAGCAAAUAGCACAGAAACCACCAGUACUGUUUCAAACCUAUGAUGGGAUAAGUAGCUUCUGUGGUGCAGGAGGUAGAGUGGGACAUCUACCAAUCGCUACCAAUUGCUCCCCGGUUCCUCCUUGAAGCAUCCUCGGGUAAGAUACUAAACCCCGUGUUGCCCCCGAUGUGAGUGUGUGCGUGAAUGUUAGAAAAGGGAUGCAGUGACAUGCCUCAUCAAUCAUCCUGCUGCUGGAAAAAAACUCACCAGUGCACCAAAUGCGUAUUUAACUGCAGCUCAAAGUAGACCCCAACAUAUAUAAUCUGCUAAUUCCUGAUUAAGUAACAUU